UAAGUAUUUGAGUAUUAUAAUGGCAUUGUUAGCGGAAAAAUUAAUCACAUCCAGCGGAAACACAACACAAUCAACAUGGCCACAGCCUUGCCAACAACGACAACAUCUUCUUCCUUCAAAACAAAACAGCAGCACCAGCAACAGCAGCAACAGCGUCAACAAACAUCAAACGUCUAAGAAGGUUGUUAUCAUCAGUAGCAGCAGUAAGACAAAAACCAGUUUAUAUACCAGCCCCAUCAUGAAUUCUUCCUGGCUUGUUGUAGUCUACUUAGUGGCGGCGGUCACCUUAUUGCCACUUACCGUAAUGGCCAAUCGACUCUCUGACACAAAACUCCAUGAGAUUUAUUUGGAUAACAAAGAAAUUAAACUCAGCUGGAUGGUGGAUUGGUACAAACAAGAAGUGCUGUUUCACCUGCAAAACGCCUUUAACGAACAGCAUCGUUGGUUCUAUCUGGGCUUCUCGAAACGUGGUGGUAUUGGGGAUGCUGAUAUUUGUUUUUUCGAAAAUCAAAAUGGUUUCUUUAAUGUUGUUACGGACACCUACACCAGUCCGGAUGGUAAGUUUGUGCACAAGGAUUAUCAGCAGGAUUGUGUGCUGUUCAAAAUGGACGAAUAUACUUUGGCGUUUAAGAGGAAAUUUGAUACAUGUGAUCCAUCAGAUUUUCGUAUGCAUGAAGGCACCAUGUAUAUUAUGUGGGCCAGAGGCGAAGUUGAAUUGGAACUUACAGAUUAUCAAUUUCCCUUUCCAAAUGUUUCAUCGCAAGAGUCGGGCAUUAAAAUGAUGCAAUUACUAAGAGCUGAUAAAAUUCCUGUACCAGAAACUGACCUUAAGCACAUCGAAAUAACCCUCGAUGAAGUGGCGGUGCCAGUGAAAGAAACCACUUAUUGGUGUCAUAUACAAAAACUUGAUGAUUUUCUACAGCAGAAACAUCAUAUUGUACAAUUUGAGCCAAUGAUUAGCACACCCGGCAUCGUACAUCACAUGGAGGUAUUUCACUGUGAAACGGAUUGGAAUGUCGAAAUCCCACUCUACAAUGGUGACUGUGAACAAUUGCCGGCCGAAGCAAAAGUCUGCUCAAAAGUCAUUGCCUUGUGGGCGAUGGGUGCCAGUACGUUUACGUAUCCACCUGAAACUGGUUUGCCAAUUGGUGGCAAAGCAUAUAAUCCCUACAUACGUUUAGAGGUGCAUUUUAAUAAUCCUGAACUAGAGAAAGGUCAUGUCGAUAGUUCAGGAUUGCGCAUUAAAAUGGUCUCACAGCUGAGGCAAUUUGAUGCUGGUGUCAUGGAAUUGGGACUUGAGUACACAGACAAAAUGGCCAUACCCCCUGGACAGGUGGCAUUUCCACUAAGUGGUUAUUGUAUUGCAGAGUGUACAGAAUUGGCAUUUCCUCCCUCUGGCAUUGUAGUUUUUGGCUCACAAUUACACACCCAUUUACGUGGUGUACGGAUAUUGACGCGACAUUUUCGUGGCACCGAAGAAUUACGUGAAUUGAACCGUGAUGAUUAUUAUUCGCAUCAUUUUCAGGAGAUGAGAAAUUUGCAUUAUAAACCACGUGUAUUACCGGGAGAUGCUUUAGUUACAACAUGCUACUAUAACACCCUUGGUUACGAUAAUGCUACACUUGGUGGUUUCUCCAUUAGUGAUGAGAUGUGUGUUAAUUAUGUGCACUAUUAUCCUGCUACAAAAUUGGAAGUUUGCAAGAGCGCUGUUUCAGAAGAUACUUUGGAAAAUUACUUCAUUUACAUGAAAAAGAAGGAGCAUCAGCAUGCCAUACGCUUAAAUGGUGCACGUUCGAAAAAUUAUCGCAGCAUCAAGUGGACACAACCACGAGUCGACCAAUUGUAUACGAUGUAUAUACAGGAACCACUUAGUAUGCAGUGUAACAAAUCGGACGGUUUUCGCUUUGAGGGCUAUCAAUGGGAGGGAGCACCCAUUACACCCGUACAAAUCAAAAUACCCAUACAUCGUAAAUUGUGCCCCAACUACAAUCCAUUGUGGUUGAAACCACUGGAACGAGGUGAAUGCGAUUUAUUGGGUGAAUGCAUUUACUAA